AUGCUGAAGCACUGGCUCAAACGGUUCGCAUACUUCACCACAGUCUUGGCUAUUGUUGCUAACGUCUAUAUUUUCACUUACCCGUCGUUGUUUCCCGAAAGAUGUUCUUGGAGAUGCGCUGCUCAACGGAGUUCGAUCGAUGCUACUGAAUCAUUGUCCGUUUUUGAAAGAGCCCAAUUCUAUGGCCAGAGAUAUCUCAGGGACGUUAAAGACCAAUUGCUUAGAGGCUCAGUAGAUAGCAAAGCCGAAGAGAACGAGCCGUCAGAUGUUCACCUCUUGGCCCUUGGCGACCCACAAAUCAAAGGAAUUUGGCACAACACGCCUUAUUUGAGCAGACUAGACAUCUUCGGUAAUGACUAUUAUCUGGGGCAUAUUUUCUCAAUGAUGAAGAAAAGAUUGAAUCCCACUCACGUCGCUGUUAUGGGAGAUCUGUUCUCCUCGCAAUGGAUCGGCGACUCUGAGUUCUACAACAGAACUAUGAGGUACACAAGUCGUAUCUUUAAGCGAAACACAUCACAGCUGGAGAAUAAACGGAAGGAAAGCCACGACUCUGACGGCCAGUAUAUAAUAAAGUGGUACGAUUUUGCCGAUGACUUAAAUGCCCGAUUGCAAAAGGAACCCAAAGAUUUUGAUUUCGGUUACGAAGACGUGCAUUCAUGGGAACCUGCUAACGAGGAUUAUCUUUUCAUUAAUUUGACCGGUAACCAUGACAUUGGGUACUCGGGAGACGCUACAUUUCAACACAUGGCUCGUUUUGAGCAUCUUUUCGGAAAAGACAAUUACUGGGUCGAAUACGACCGCGAUACGGAUCAUCCGUGGAGAAUUGUGGUGCUGAACUCUAUGUUGUUGGAAGGACCACCUUUGCAACAGCAGCUCGUGGACAGAACCUGGGAAUUUCUGUACCGAUUAUUCGAGCAAAGAUUUGAAGGUAGCACUGUGUUGUUAACACAUGUGCCAUUCUAUAAAAAACCAGGACUGUGUGCUGAUAGCGAAUUGUUUCGGUACUACCCUCACGAUUUCGAACGCGAGCCGUACAAGAAAAACUUGCUUCGCUCUCAAAACCACCUGAGUCAGGAAACGACAAGACGAGUUUUGAACCUGAUAUUCGACAACAAUAAACCCGGAAUCAUACUCACGGGCCACGAUCACGAAGGAUGCGAAACGAUCUACAAUAAAAAUGAAAAGGCUGGUGACUGGACUGCUGCGAAAGCUGUCAACUCGACAGAUUUUUACGUUCGCGAGAUCACUGUCAGAUCUAUGAUGGGCGAGUUUGACGGUAAUGCCGGUCUUGUAACGGGGCAUUUCAAUAUCAAAACAAAGCUUUGGGAAUGGUCCUUUACGCUGUGUCCGUUCUCAGUUCAACACAUUUGGUGGUUCACCAAAGUGACCACUAUUUUAAGUGGGUUUUUGCUGUCGGUACUGGUGUUUAUGUAA